AUGAGCUGUGGGGCCAUCGCCAAGAUGAGAGGAGUGAUCGUCUUGGGGCUGUUGCUGGCUAUCGCCAGCUGCCUUGGCUACUAUGAGGACCUGGCCCAGUGCUUCCAGGACCCUGAUUAUGAGUCCUUACUCGUAAUGGCCCAGAAGGGUCUACACACCUCUCCUCUGCCCAAGCGGGUGGUGGUCGUGGGAGCUGGCAUUUCAGGCCUGACAGCGGCCAAGACCCUACAGGAUGCUGGCCACCAGGUAACCAUCUUAGAAGCCAGCGACCGCACCGGAGGUCGAAUACUCACAUUCAGGAACAAGGAGGAGGAUUGGUACUGUGAUCUGGGGCCCAUGAGAAUCCCCCAGUCCCACAGGCUGGUCCGCACGUUUGUCAAGAAGCUUGGCCUGAAGCUGAACGAGUUCAUCCAAUCUAACAACAACACCUGGAUCUUCAUCAAUGGACACCGCUAUCGCACCUGGGAGGUCAAGGCCAACCCAGAACUCCUGGGCUAUUCCUUGAACUCCAGGGAGAGGGGCAUGAGUGCUGCGGAUCUCUUCUACCAGUCCAUCAACAAGGUGCCUCCUGCCUCACCCCAUCUGAAAACGUUCAACUGCAGUCACCUGAUGUCCUUUUAUGAUUCCUACUCCACCAAGGCUUACUUGCUGAAAGAAGGACGGCUGAGCUCAGAAGCAGUAAGGCUGAUUGGGGACAUGCUGAACGAGGAUGCAGGGUACUAUAAGUCCUUCCUGGAGUCCCUGCGGUCUGAGAUAAUCUUCUCCAGAAAUGAUGACUUUUCUGAGAUUACCGGUGGCUUUGACCAGCUCCCCAAAGCCCUCAGCAACACCUUGAAGCCUGGUACCAUCCUUCUGGAGGCCAAGGUGGAGAUGGUGGAGAGAAAUGGGCCUGAGGUCCGGGUUUCAUACCGUACAGGCAAGCCCAGCUCCCCUCUGCGCACGCUCACGGCCGACUUCGUGGUCAUCUCCACCUCCGCCAAGGCCACGCGCCGCAUCUCCUUCCAGCCACCCCUGUCCCCUGAAAAGAACCAUGCCCUCCGCUCCGUGCACUACACCAGUGCUACCAAGGUGGUUUUGGCUUGUGACGAGCUCUUCUGGGAACAGGAUGGCAUCCGGGGUGGCUUCUCCACCACUGACCGGCCCUCGCGCUUCAUCUACUACCCCAGCCACAGCUUCCCCAGCGGCAAGGGGGUCCUGCUGGCUUCCUACACCGUGGACGAUGACUCCCAGUUCUUCACAGCUAUGACCGACCAGCAGGCAGUGGACACUGUCCUGGAUGACCUGGCGGCUCUGCACCAGAUCUCUAAGAAGAAGCUGCAGCGCAUAUGCUCCUCCUCUGUGGUCAAGCGCUGGUCCCUGGACCCCUUCACAUUAGGCGCCUUUGCGGAGUUCACACCCUACCAAUUCACCGACUAUUCACAGGAGCUCUCCGAGUCAGAGGGCCGCAUCUACUUCGCUGGCGAGCACACCAGCACGCCCCAUGGCUGGAUCGACACUGCCAUGAAGUCUGGGCUGCGGGCAGCCAAGAAGAUCCAAUCUGUCGUGGCCAAGGAGGCCACGAUGGGACAAAGGCCUCUGUGGGAGCCUCUCACCAACAUUUCUCCCCAGAGCGUAGUCCCUGAGGGCGUCUGGCAGGAGCAGACUGGGAGAACCAAGCUCAAAUCCCAGGUGGCCAAGCAGCCCUCGCAGGUGGCGCGGGGGCGGAAGGGGCGGUAUGAAGCGGGCAAGACGCACCAGAGCCGGGGUUGCAGGAAGAUGCAGCUGGAGGCAGCAGCAGCCCCCGGCCCUGGAAUGCGAGUUCCGAUUGUGAAUGAGCAGAAGAAGAUGUAG